CGCAGCUGUGAAUCGAGUCUAUAGAAGCUAGAUAGUCUAUUAGUAAGCAUAUUGACGAGAGUCGUCAUGAUAUUGGUUGAUGUCACGUCUCCUCAGUAUUGACUGAAAGACCUCGGCAGUGUGCUGCAUCAUAUAUAAGUGACCACCUCCACGCGAGACCGGACAUUACUAUCAUCCCAUCUACACUACUAUCAACACCAGCUCAAUAUCUCUCACAAGAUGUCUCACCCAACAUACGUCUUCGGCUCUCACCAGAUCGAAUCUUUCACGAAAGACGAUUUACAGGCUCUUCUGGACAUCCUUAAGAGCAGAGGCAUUCGAAACAUUGACACUGCCCGCAUCUAUGGCGACAGUGAGAAAUGUCUCGGAGAGGUGAAAGCUGCCCAGUCGUUCAUCAUUGACACCAAAUCUCCAGCAUUCGCUCCGAAAGCGCUCACUGGCUCCUCACUUAAGGAUGGUAUUCAGACAUCCCUCUCACUCCUUGGAACCGAAAAGGUCGAUGUUUAUUACCUCCAUGCUCCCGAUGACGAAACCCCCAUCGAAGAGACCGUGGAUGCCAUUCAGGAGCUACAUUGCCAGGGCAAGUUCGAGCGCUUCGGACUUUCCAACUUCCUACCCGAUGAUGUACGAAAGAUCUAUGCGUAUGCAAAAUCAAAAGGCGGAGUUGUUCCUUCCGUAUACCAGGGCAAUUACAAUGCCUUUGCUCGCACGAUUGAGCAAGAUCUUUUUCCUAUCCUGCGCGAACUAGGUAUUGCCUUUUAUGCCUACUCGCCACUCGCUGGUGGCUUCUUCGCCAAACAGCCGGACGACUUGGAGAGCAAGAAGGCAGAGGGGAGGUUCGACCCAUCGACAUUUGGCGGCAAGAUGUAUAAUACCAUGUACAACAAGCCCGCUGUAAUCGAAGCCUUGAGGCAAUGGAAUAAAAUUGCGGAGUCAGCAGGCGACUCGGGCGUAAACCUAGCCUACCGCUGGGCGGUCUUCAAUUCCAAGCUCGAUGCAGGGCUUGGUGACGCAAUCAUCCUUGGAGCAAGCCGGCCAGCGCAGCUGGAGAAGACGCUAUCAGCACUUGAUGCGGGCCCUUUGAAGUCUGAGACAGUGCAGCAAAUCGAGCAACUGUGGAAACUUAUGGAGAAGGAUGCACCGCUGGACAACUACCACUCCUUUGCAAAGGCCUCUAUGUAAAAAUCACUCAUAUAUUAGGAUGUAAAUAGACCUACUUAUAUAGAACCGUAAAAACCACUGUUCGUCUACUAUCAUACAUUCAACACCUUUCAGGCGCCUAGAAACUCCUGCACUAGUUCGGAGAAAGCCUUU